AUGUCCGACCCCAGGAUGAGCGACAAGGAGCUCUUUGACAUCAAUGCCCAGGCCGCCGUCAAAAACUACUCUGUCGACCCGCGCCUCGACUACAAGACCGUCUCGGCCAUCAACGGCCCCCUCGUCGUCCUCGACAAUGUCAAGUUCCCCUCGUACAAUGAGAUUGUCUCGCUCACCCUCCCAGACGGCUCAAAGAGGGGCGGCCAGGUCCUCGAGGUGUCCGGCAACAAGGCCAUCGUCCAGGUCUUUGAGGGCACCUCGGGCAUCGACGUCAAGGACACCCACAUCGAGUUUACCGGCUCGUCGAUGAAGCUUCCCGUCUCGGAAGACAUGCUCGGCCGCAUCUUCAACGGAUCCGGUGCGCCCAUCGACAAGGGACCCCGUGUCUUUGCCGAAGACUACCUGGACAUCAAUGGAUCGCCCAUCAACCCAUACAGCCGAACGUACCCCGAGGAGAUGAUCCAGACGGGCAUCUCGACCAUCGACACCAUGAACUCGAUCGCGCGUGGACAGAAGAUCCCCAUCUUCUCCGCCGCCGGUCUGCCGCACAACGAGAUCGCCGCCCAGAUUUGCCGUCAGGCCGGCCUGGUCAAGCGCCCCGGCGCGACAAAGGGCGUCCACGACGACCACGAGGACAACUUCAGCAUCGUCUUUGCCGCCAUGGGUGUCAACAUGGAGACGGCACGCUUCUUCAAGCAGGACUUCGAGGAGAACGGAUCGCUGGACCGCGUCACCCUCUUCCUCAACCUCGCAAACGACCCCACCAUCGAGCGCAUCAUCACGCCGCGUCUGGCGCUCACCACGGCCGAGUACUACGCCUACCAGCUCGAGAAGCACGUCCUCGUCGUGCUGACCGACAUGACGUCGUACGCCGACGCGCUGCGUGAGGUGUCGGCGGCGCGAGAGGAGGUGCCCGGCCGACGAGGCUACCCAGGUUACAUGUACACCGACUUGUCCACCAUCUACGAGCGCGCCGGCCGUGUGGCGGGCCGCAACGGAUCCAUCACCCAGAUCCCCAUCCUGACGAUGCCCAACGACGAUAUGACGCACCCCAUCCCGGAUCUGACGGGCUACAUUACCGAGGGCCAGAUCUACGUCGACCGCCAGCUCCACAACCGACAGAUCUACCCGCCGAUCAAUGUGCUGCCGUCGCUCUCGCGUCUGAUGAAGAGCGCCAUCGGCGCCAAGCACACGCGCGCCGACCACAGCGACGUGUCCAACCAGAUGUACGCCGCCUACGCCACCGGACGCGACGCCGCCUCGAUGAAGGCCGUCGUCGGCGAGGAGGCCCUCUCGGCCGAGGACAAGCUGGCCAUCGAGUUCAUGGAGGGCUUCGAGCAGAAGUUCAUCAAGCAGGGCGCCUACGAGAACAGGCACAUUUUCAACUCGCUCGACAUUGGCUGGGAUCUGCUUCGCAUCUUCCCUAAGGAGCAGCUCAACCGCAUCUCGCCCAAGAUCAUCAAGGAGUACUAUGCCCGACGAUCCAAGAAGGCCAGCGACGAGGACGAGAGCGACAAGGGAAAGGAGAACAAGUCGACCCGGGAUACCUCCAACGAGGACGGGCAGAAGCAGCAGGAGCAGUCGUCGUCGUCCAACAAGACGGAUAAGCUCGUCGACGACGAGUAG